AAAUCACCCGCUUUUGUUGAUACUGGUGCUGACACGCGCGUGUAUGCGCCCGCAUGUUGCGUGUAGCUGCGUGGCGCACGCGGUCAGCGGGUCACUUCUUACAGCGUGCGGGCUAUAAAGCGAGGGAGUGGCGCCCGGUUAAGCGCACUUGGAGAACAACGAGCUCCCAGCACUUACACCGCAGCUCGGCAGCGGCCGCUCGACGUGGUAACCCAAUAAGAACAUGAUUAGCGCUUCACUGGCUCCACCGAUGCCUUGCGCGAGUUCUCGCCGCUCGCCCGUGGAGGGUGGUCCGGCAAGGAAGGACUUGUUAUCCGCCGCGCGGAUAGAGCUUCUUUGCUUCAAGAAGUUACACGCCGAUUGGUGUUAAUGUCACUCAACCACCAGGAGGGUCACUGCUGCCUCAGAUGGCCUCCUUCUCAGUGACCAUGGGAGAGCGCUGCCUGUCCCCAAAGGACUGAUUAAUUUCCUCUCAGUCUCUCGUCAAGCAUCUCGCUGUGUGCUGCCUUGUGGAUGAUAUUUGUCAACCUGACAUUAAUCGCACGGGAAGCGGGACAAUCUGCCUCCAUGGGGUUCGACAACGACACCAACCAGACACUCCCGGGGGGGAGCCCGUUGAGCCUGCGCAUCUCGCUUCCGCUCUCAGCGCUGGUGAGCGUUAUCAUUCUUCUGACAGUGUUUGGAAAUGUGCUGGUGGUCAUCGCCGUGUUUACAAGCCGGGCACUGAGGGCACCACAGAACCUGUUCCUGGUGUCUCUGGCGUCGGCGGACAUUUUAGUGGCCACCCUGGUGAUGCCCUUCUCCUUGGCCAAUGAGAUCAUGGGAUAUUGGUACUUUGGGGAGGUGUGGUGUGAGAUCUAUCUGGCCUUAGACGUUCUUUUCUGCACCGCCUCCAUCGCGCACCUCUGUGCCAUCAGCUUGGACCGCUACUGGUCCAUCACGCAGGCUAUUGAAUACAACUUGAAGAGAACUCCGCGCCGCAUCAAGUGCAUCAUCUUCAUCGUUUGGAUCAUCGCGGCAGUUAUAUCCUUCCCGCCGCUAAUCACCAUGGAGAAGGAAAACAGCAAGAAGAACCCCAGUUGCGAGAUAAACACAGACAAGUGGUACGUCAUCUCCUCCUGCAUCGGCUCCUUCUUCCUCCCGUGCGUCAUCAUGGUGUUGGUCUACGUCAGGAUCUACCAGAUUGCCAAAAAGAGGACAAGGGUGCCACCGGGGGACCGGAAACGGACGGACAAGUCAAACGCUAUCCCGACGUCCAACCAGAAGGAGAACGGAGUGGCCGAGGCCGAGAAACUGAAGGAGCACGAGCACAUCGAGCUAAAGGAAGGAGUCGGCGGCAGAGAAGGCGAAGUCAACGGUGUGGACAUUGAAGAGUCGUCUUCUUCUGACCACAAGGUCAACAAUCCCUGCUCAAUUAAAAAAAAAGCCGGCAAAGGCAGAAGCAAAAUCAAGCCUGGAGACGGCGAGGUACAGAAGAAAAGCACCAAAGGGAGCCGCUGGAAGGGUCGUCAAAACCGAGAGAAACGCUUCACCUUCGUCCUGGCGGUGGUCAUCGGCGUGUUCGUCAUUUGCUGGUUCCCCUUCUUCUUCACGUACAUGCUCAUGACGCUGUGCGAGUCUUGCCCCGUCCCGGACACACUUUUCAAGUUCUUCUUCUGGUUUGGCUACUGCAAUAGCGCGCUGAAUCCGAUUAUCUACACCAUCUUCAACAAUGACUUCCGCCGGUCCUUUAAGAAGAUCCUGUGCAAGAGAGACGCGAGACGUUAUGGAUGAUGGACUGCAGGCCUUGUAAAUACCUUUUUUCAACAUUUGUUGCUCAUAAUUGAUUUGAAACAUACGUGAAUAUGAUCCUGGGACAACUGCUUGGACGGCAAAUACUUCUGGGCUUGUAGUAAGACUCACUUCCAUACUUACUAACCCUUUUGGGCCACUGUAAUUAAAGCUCAUUUUGAGGAUUUCAGUGAGCCAUGAACAUGUCUGGGAUUUGUUCAACAAACCACAUUGUGCUUGUGACACUGCCAAUUAAUAUGUCAGAGGUGGGUAGUACAGUACUUCGCGGAUUUUUUUCCCCAAUUAAAAAUAUAAUUUAGUAUUUUAUAGAGCUGUCCCGAGCUAUCUCUCACUCUCGCUCCUGCCGAUUUUCUUGGUCAGGCAGUGCACUGGAGUUGCUUAUUAAAGUUAACGAUGAUUGACAGGCGUUGGGUUUGAUCUUGCCAGAGACGCUUGAAAAGCCGAAACUUCAAAGCACUGCAUGCGUCAAUCAUUGUUUAACUUGUUAAACAGUAGCUGUGGCAACUCAUUGUGUGUAAGGGAACAGCUUGAGCGGAAUUGAGUGGACUCACUCAAUGAAGCAUUUAAUAAAGACAAGCAUUUUUCUACUUUAUUCUUGUUUAAAUAUGAUUUGGUGGGACAGUAACUUGUUUAAAAGUUAUCAUAAUUAUUACAUUUGAAGUGCUUCAAGACUAUUUAUUAAAAUCUAUAUAUUCAUAUUUUUUUUUUAAAAUUUAUAGUACUUGGGGAAAAAGUGAAAAAAAAACAUGUGUUGAUUGAUUGAUUUUUAUUUCGAGCAAUAACAACCAAAAACAACAAGUAUGGAAAAAAAAUACAAUUAAAUUAAACAGUAAUGAUGAAUGUAACAAAAAUAAUAACAAUACAUACACGUGUAGCUUGAAAAGGAGUGGGAAGAAGCCGAGCUUUGUCUUAUAUGUACAGUGGUGCAAAUAAGUAUUUAGUCAACCACUUAUUGUGCAAGUUCUCCCAUUUGAAAAUAUUAGAGGCCUGUAAUUGUCAACAUGGGUAAACCUCAAACAUGAGAGACAGAAUGUGAAAAAACAAACAAGCAGAAAAUCACAUUGUUUGAUAUUUAAAGAAUUUAUUUGCAAAUCAUGGUGGAAAAUAAGUAUUUGGUCAAUAAAAAGUUCAUCUCAAUACUUUGUUAUGUAACGUGUACCUACGUUUUCUUAACUCUUCACAAGCUUUUCACACACUGUUGCAGGUAUUUUGGCCCAUUCCUCCAUGCAGAUCUCCUCUAGAGCAAUGAUGUUCUGGGGCUGUCGUUGGGCAACACGGACUUUCAACUCCCUCCACAGAUUUUCUAUGGGGUUGAGAUCUGGAGACUGUUUAGGCCACUCCAGGACCUUGAAAUGCUUCUUACGUAGCCACUCCUUUGUUGCCCUGGCUGUGUGUUUGGGAUCAUUGUCAUGCUGAAAGACCCAGCCACGUCUCAUCUUCAAUGCCCUUGCUGAUGGAAGGAGAUUUUCACUCAAAAUCUCUCGAUACAUGCCCCUAUUCAUUCUUUCCUUUACACAGAUUAGUCGUCCAGGUCCCUUUGCAAAAAAAAAAACAGCCCCAAAGCAUGAUGUUUCCACCCCCAUGCUUCACAGUGGGUAUGGUGUUCUUCGGAUGCAAUUCAGUAUUCUUUCUCCUCCAAACACGAGAACCUGUGUUUCUACUAAAAAGUUCUAUUUUGGUUUCAUCUGACCAUAACACAUUCUUCCAGUCCUCUUCUGGAUCAUCCAAAUGCUCUCUAGCGAACCGCAGACGGGCCUGGACAUGUAUUGGCUUCAGCAGGGGGACACGUCUGGCAGUGCAGGAUUUGAGUCCCUGGCGGCGCAUGUUACUGAUGGAAGCCUUUGUUACUGUGGUCCCAGCUCUCUGUUGGUCAUUCACUAGGUGCCCCUGUGUGGAUCUGGGAUUUUUGCUCACCGUUCUUGUUAUCAUUUUGACGCCAUGGGGUGAGAUCUUGCAUGGAGCCCCAGGUCGAGGGAGACUAUCAGUUGUCUUGUAUGUCUUCCAUUUUCUAAUAAUUGCUCCCACAGUUGAUUUCUUUACACCAUGCGUUUUACCUAUUUCAGAUUCAGUCUUCCCAGCCUGGUUCAGGUCUACAAUUUUUGUCUCUGGUGUCCUUCGACAGCUCUUUGGUCUUGGCCAUAGUGGAGUUUGGAGUGUGACUGACUGAGUUUGUGGACAUGCGUCUUUUAUACCGAUAAUGAGUUAAAACAGGUUCCAUUAAUACAGGUAACGAGUGGAGCAUCGUUAAACCUCGUUAGAAGAAGUUAGGCCAAAUACUUAUUGUCCACUCUAAUUUGGAAAUAAAUUCUGUAAAAAUCAAACAAUGUGAUUUUCGUUUUUGUUUUCACAUUCUGUCUCUCAUGGUUGAGGUUUACCCAUGUUGACAAUUACAGGCCUCUCUAAUCUUUUCAAGUAGGAGAACUUGCACAAUUGGUGGUUGACUAAAUACUUAUUUGCCCCACUUUACUUGAGUAGAUUUGUAAAUAAGAAACGUUACUUUUACCACACGACUUUGCUACUUUACUACACUAGAGUAGUUACAUUUUUCCUUUUUAUUCUGCAUAUUAGAUUUAACUUUGUUUCCAGAGAUGCCCAUAGUGGCUUUAAUAGGUUCCCCAAUGAGACGUCACAACAAUAAUCACAUAAUGCCAUUAUACCAAUCAGACGUGAUAAAACAGUCACAUGACCUCACACAAGCUUGCAGUCGAAAGUCCUAUGAUCACACCGGCCUGUUUAAUCGCGUGGCGCUUUUAAAGCACCGUAAAAAUGAACAAUUUUACUUAGAGUGCUGCCAUCAACAUUACUCGAAAGCACGUAUUUCAACCUCUCUCCCAGUUUUUAUAUAGCACAGAUAGAAAACAGGAAACCGGAGAUUAGACCAUUUUAAUUUCAUAGCAGGAAAUAUGUUUUUUCCACUAGAGGGCACUCUUUGGAUGGGUGAUGUUUCAUUUCUAUAGAUUUUUCUAGUCUGAAUUCGAUAAUUUUUAAUUUUUUGGGCUUAAUAUGGUUAUGUAAAACAGUUCAUAUACAUGACAUUGUGCUGAGAAAAAUAUACACCAUAAUUUUCAGACAAUAAGCCGCUAUUUUUUUCCUUCAUUUUGAAUCCUGUGGCUUAUAGUCCGGUGUGGCUUAUUAAUUUAUUUGGGUUAAUAGGUAACACUUUAUUUGACAGCGGCGUCAUCAGACCGUCAUAAUUAUGACAUGAAACUAUCAUUGGCAUUACUGAAUGCUUAUGACAGAUGUCAUUAAGUGUCAUCCGGCAAAUUAUACCACUAACUCCAUUUAUGUCCAGCUUGGAUCUUUUACAUCCAUUCAAAAGUGAGCUAUUUUGCCGGAUAAUACUAAAUCACAUCUGUUAUAAGCAUUCCAUAACGCUCAUGACAGUGUCAUGUCAUAAUUAUGAUUGUCUAAUGACACUCUUAUGGCGCCACUGUCAAAUUUAGUGUUACCAAAUACCAUAGCUAGCAAUUAAUGAAACAACUGGAACAGUAACUGAAGAAAUAAUUAGCACAGAACAUGAAUUUUGAUUGUUAUUUACAUCUGUAGCGCUGCAAUGCAUGAUAGGAGGCAUGUUGGCCGACAACAGUGUUGACAGCAGGUGGCAGCAAAGGUUGACUGACUCUGUCCCCCAAGGGAGUAGUGAUGGCCAAAUGAAGUUUCUUAAUGCAGUGAAGCUUUGCAGUCAACUGGUUCAAAGCUUCAUGGUGGUUCAUUUGGUUUUAUGACAGUUGUAUGAUGCCGCUGUCAAAUAAUGUUACCGGUCAAUAUCUUUUGGUGUAAAUAUCCCAUAAUACAGUGAGGACAGCUGUGGCUUAUAGUCAAGUGUAGCUUAUCGAUGAACAAAUUGUCGUUUUCAUGUCAAAUUUGGUGGUUGGCGGCCUACAGUCAGGUGCGCCUUAUAGUGCGGAAAUUACGGUACCAUUGUUUAAAAAAAAAUAAAAACAAUCAGACUAUGUAAGCAGUAACUCAUUAAGAAAAAUUUAAAGUAGGGCUAUCAAAUGAUUAAAAUUUUGAAUUGAGUUAAUCACAACUUAAAAAUUAAUUAAUCGUAAUUAAUCGCAAUUCAAACCAUCUCUAAAAUAUGCCAUAUUUUUGGAAUGGAAAGAUAAGACACAAGACGGAUAUAUACAUUCAGCAUACUGUACAUAACUACUGUAUUUGUUUAUUAUAACAAUAAAUCCAAAAGAUGACAUUAACAUUAUUAACAUUCUUUCUGUUAAAGGGAUCCAUGGACAGAAAGACUUGUAGUUCUUAAAAGAUAAAUGUUAGUACAAGUUAUAGUAAUUUAAUAUUAAACCCCUCUUAAUGUUUUCGUUUUAAUAAAAUUUGAAAAAUUUCAAUCAAAAAAUAAACUAGUAGCUCGCCAUUGUUGACGUCGCUGAGCGGUGACGUCACAUGGGCUACCUGUCGUUCUUCCACAGCGUCUUUAACUACGUAAGGUAGUGAUUGACAUACACCACAAGGUGUAAAUGGCGAGUUUUAAAUUACUUAGAAAUCAAGCUAAUGAGUGUGUUUUGUCCCUCGACUGACGCCGUAGUUCCCUGUUUACUGGUCUAUCCCUUGCACUUCACGGUCAGAGUUUUGGCUUCACAACGUACGAAACCUCUGAUAGUUUGUAUAUUGUGACUAAAUAUUGCCAUCCAGUGUAUUUGUUGAGCUAAACGAAAUGUUUGAAUAGAGUUUGACCAAAGUCUGAGUAAGUUUUAUGCGUAUUUUGCAUAGCUAUUUUGAUUGGGAAUGCCAGUUCUUUGCAUUGUUGUUUAACUGUGUGAGAAUAGGGCCUCAUUAAUACAGAUUGAAGCGCUUUUCUUUUAGUGAACAAUAGUUUUUCGAGCGAUAGGAAUAUUAAUUUUGUUGUUCUUUCACUAAAUGAUACUUACGUUUGUUUGUGAAGGGGUUGCCGAAGCUUAUGCCAAUAAACGGCGCAGUCCAAUGAACGCCUCUGUCCACUCGCCUUUCUCUGCUUCUUAGCUCUCAAUGUGCAAAAAACAGCGUCAUUGUAAUCUGUUUGAGGCAAUGCAUAAGCGGGUGCGUUAAAUGUAGGGUUGUUCCGAUCAUGUUUUUUUGCUCCCGAUCCGAUCCCGAUCGUUUUAGUUUGAGUAUCUGCCGAUCCCGAUAUUUCCCGAUCCGACUGCUUUUUUUUUUUUUUUUUUGCUCCCGAUUCAAUUCCAAUCAUUCCCGAUAAUUUUUCCCGAUCAUAUACAUUUUGGCAAUGCAUUAAGAAAAAAAUAUAUACAUAUAUAUAAUAAUAUAUAUAAUAAUAAUAUAUACAUUCAACAUACAGUACAUAAGUACUGUAUUUGUUUAUUAUGACAAUAAAUCCUCAAGAUGGCAUUUACAUUAUUAACAUUCUUUCUGUGAGAUGGAUCCACAGAUAGAAAGACUUGUAAUUCUUAAAGGAUAAAUGUGACUUUGUAUAUUGUGACUAAAUAUUGCCAUCUAGGGUAUUUGUUGAGCUUUCAGUAAAAGAUACUGUAGCCAUUUAACUGUUCUGCCCAAAUGCAUGAUGGGAAGAGCAACCAUGACUGUGCUCAGUGGUACCAAUUGAUAUAUCUUCUCUACUUUGGGAAAUAACAUAGGGUGUUAAGAAAAAGAUCAAUUACUACCUUUCUUCCCCACAUUGCUUCCCACGAUAUUUCUAAACGUAGGGAGAGGGAUUGUAAGGCUUUAGCCAAUUAAAAAAAGGCUCCAAAGGCUGCCAAAAUUCACUCUACUCAUUUUACGCUGCCUUUUAGCUCUAUAUAUAGGUAAAACGGCGCCAUUACAGAUUGAACGAGACUAUGCGUGAGUGGAUCGUCCAGCGCAUGCGUUAAUUGCGUUAAAUAUUUUAAUGUGAUAAAUUACAAAAAAAAAAAAAAAAUUACUGCUGUUAACGGGAUAAAUUUGAUAGCUAAGGUAAGGUAGGGUACCUUAAGCCUAAAGACUCUGGAUGAGUGUAACAUAUUAUGUCUGUAACGUUAAAUACAAUUAGAAAAAGAUUUAAUUAAAAAAAAAAUUUUUUUUUAAAAAGGCAUGUCUGAUAUUUUUUUGCCGAUUCCGAUACUUUGAAAAUGACGUGAUCGGACCCGGUCCAUCCUGAUCGAUCGGGGCAUCUCUAGUUAAAUGCGUCAAAUAUUUUAACGUGAUUAAUUAAAAAACAAAACAAAAAGAUUACCGCCCGUUAACUUGAUAAAUUUGACAGCACUAAUUUAAAGAGUAAAAAUUUCGGCAACUCUACCCACCUCUGAGUAUGACUCACUUCCAUACCUACUAACCCUUCUGGGCCACUGAAAUUGAAGCUCAUUUUGAGGAUUUCAGUGAGCCAAAACAUGUUUGGCCUCUGUUCAACAAACCUCAUUGUGUUUGUAAAUGACACUUUCCAUCACUUUGUCUAUUUCCAUCAAUCUCGGAUUUUAUUGUACGGAUACUCUUAUUACAUG